GCUAAUCAAGGCAUUACCACAUUUCUGUUCUGCAUUUCUCCUGGACCGUUUUCUGGCAGUAAACAGCGAGCUCUAUCCCUCAGACUGGCAAACAACUCACGUCACGAACCGACCGCGACACCACCAUGGCCGACGCGACGCGACUCUGGCGAUAGAAACAUGACAUCAACCUCAUUCUCCGACAUGCCCACGCUGGCCAACCCUUCAUCUUCUUCGCGUCGUUCGCCGCCCUUCCAUCGAAGAACGAAGUCGUGGGCGAGAAAACUGGAACGCUGCUGCUGUACCACUUUCGCCUUCUUUCCUCUCGUGUUCGUGUACGGUCUCACGACCUGGGCGGUCUACGUGGAGAGCCAUGUCUCCUUCAUCGGCCGCGACGAUCUUGGCGCAUAUCUCCGAGCAGCGCUCGGAAUAGUGCUGUAUGCUCUGGCCAACGUCAGCUAUACGAUCGCCGUCUUCACACCUCCCGGAUCGCCUUUAGAUGCGCAGGGCGGAAAGAGGGGCAGAAAGGGCGACUACCAGGGUGUGCCUUCUCAUGAUGAAUACAACGACUAUGCGCGGCAACAAGAGGAGGGAGUGGAGCCGGUUCCGGGGGAAUGGGAGCGCAUGCACAACAGCGUGACUGCGAAGAGCACCGGCAAACCACGAUUCUGUAAGAAGUGCCAAUGCGUCAAGCCAGAUCGAACGCAUCACUGCUCAACAUGCGGGCAAUGUGUUCUGAAAAUGGACCAUCAUUGCCCCUGGCUGGCAACUUGCGUGGGGCUGAGGAACUACAAAGCCUUUCUGCUAUUCCUAAUAUACACGAGCCUGUUCUGCUGGUCGUGCUUCGCGGUUAGUGCGUGGUGGGUGUGGGAGGAGUUCAACGAUCGCGUGCAGAAUAUGGAGGGCUUGAUCGUUGUCAACACGAUUCUCUUGUCUGUGCUAGGUGGCAUCAUCGGCCUUGUUUUGUCUGGGUUCACGGGCUGGCACAUAUACUUGGUUGUGUCUGGGCAGACCACCAUCGAAAGUCUGGAGAAGACAAGAUAUUUGAGUCCGCUGAAGAAGAGCAUGGAAAGCCAAUUUCAGGACCCGAAUCGGCACAAUCUGGCACAAGACGAGACUCCCAUUACGAAUGCAGUCGUGACUGGGGAGCACCAGCCUCUCACUGACCGCCUGAAGGAGAUACACGCCAACGCACUACCCGGCGUUUUGCGCCCUGAGGAAGGAGAGUCUGGCCCAAACACCCGAACACCAUCCCCUCUCCCACCUGCGGCAAGCGGUAAUCUCAGCUCGUCGCCCGCACAGCAGAGCUUGCACAGAUCCUAUGCUUCACUUGAAGCUCAACGAGAGCGAGAUCGAUACAACAACUAUCAAGACGAACUGGACUCAGAACGCCUACCCAAUGCAUUUGAUCUUGGGUGGAGACGCAACUUGCUGCAUGUCAUGGGGCCUGUUCCGUGGAAGUGGCCGUUGCCUUUCCUGAACACCACUGGCGACGGCUGGAGCUGGGAAGUCAGCCCCACAUUCUGGGAAGCCAAAGAUCGAAUCGCACGAGAGCGCGAGCAGAGGAUGCGAGAAGACGCCAUGUGGAAUCGUGAGGCAAGCCAACAAGCGUGGCUGCCUCCGCCACGGCCGAAAUGGACUCCUGGUCAGGGGUUUGUGGAUCAGGCUAGGAACGCCACGGCAGGGCCGCCGAGGAACGGCAGUCCCAGCAUGCAGAUGCAGUCGCUUGAUAGGAGGAAACAAGAUGAUAAUGGCGUAACGGAUUAUGAUACGAGUAGUGACGAGGAUUCGAAGUCACAGAGACGGCAGCCGCAGCAGGCGACGAGGACUGAGAAUUGGAAUGAUAUUCCUGAGGACCUUUUAGGCCCUUCCCAGGCAGGAGCUCGAAGAAGUGGCAGUCGGAACAAGAACGAUUGAGAGAGCGAGCAUUUGUAUUUCUGAGAGCAUUCUGUACAGCAUCGAUGACAGCGAACCUUUCAAUGUUUCAAGCGUUGGCUACGCGUUGUAUUCUAACAUUGGACGCCAGUCUCGCCUGCCUAUCCAGGUAUCGCAA